AUGCAUGGUGACUACGAGGCGCAACGACACUGGAUGGAGAUCACGACCCGGCUACCCAUUUCGCAAUGGUACUUCCAUGAUCUUGAGUGGUGGGGCCUCGACUACCCGCCGUUGACGGCGUACCAUAGCUGGGUUCUCGGCAAGAUUGGAACCCUCAUCAACCCAGACUGGUUCGCGCUCUUCAGCUCCCGUGGUUCUCAGGACCCCAACCUCAAGAUCUUCAUGCGAGCAACCGUCAUUGUAUCAGAAUACCUGAUAUACGUCCCUGCCGCCGUUGUCUUCGCGCGCCGCUACGGACGCCUUACUGGGGUGUCGAUAUGGACGGCUACCGUGGGGCUUGUCGCGAUUCUCAUGCAGCCUGGGACAAUUCUGAUCGACCACGUGCACUUCCAGUACAACACAGUCAUGCUCGGCCUAGUGAUGGCUUGUAUGUCCAGUCUACUCGCUGAGCGCUACAAGUGGUCGGCCGUCUUCUUCGUUGGGGCGCUCAUGUUCAAGCAAAUGGCGCUGUACUAUGCCUUCUCAAUUUUUGCCUAUCUUCUUGGCAGAUGCACAUUCCCCAAGGUCAACUUCUCAAGGUUAUUUGGCAUCGCAUUAGUCACUGCCAUUACCUAUGGCGUGCUUGUCCUACCGCUCGUCGCUGGUACUAUAUAUGACACAUACCGCGGUGUGGGCUCGCGGUCCGAUCUGGACGGUCCCCCGCCACCUCUGCCUAUACUGGCUUGGCUCACUGAUUACAUUGACACCGGAACCUUCUACUAUCCUGUCGUGGAAAUGGUCGUGCAGGUUUUGCACCGCGUGUUCCCUUUCUCGCGAGGCCUCUUUGAGGACAAAGUCGCGAACUUCUGGUGUGCAUUGAAUGUGGUGCUCAAGAUCAAGAACUACCCGACAGAGCUGCUCCAGAAAGCUGCGCUGGUAGCGACGCUAUUAGCAAUCGUCCCCCCCAACAUCAUCAUCUUCUUCCGACCACGCAAGGCCACAAUGCCCCUGGCGUUCGCCGCUACCGCAUGGGGCUUCUUUCUCUUCAGCUGGCAGGUGCACGAGAAGAGUGUACUUCUGCCAUUGAUGCCAAUGACUCUGCUCCUCGCUGGCAAGCAAGGCUUGAACAGAGACAUUCGAUCGUGGGUCGGAUUUGCCAAUAUCCUGGGUGCGUGGACCAUGUUUCCGCUGCUGAAACGCGUGGAUCUACGGAUACCUUAUGCCGUUCUCACGCUGCUUUGGUCGUAUCUACUCGGACUUCCACCAACAUCGUGGAGUGUAUAUACUGACGAAGGAUUUGGCGGCUGGUCGCAGGUCGGCACCGCCACACUCCAUACCCUUUUCUAUGCCGCCAUGGCUGCAUGGCACGUUGCUGAAGCUUAUGUAGCGCCGCCUCUACACAAGUCCGACCUGUGGACCGUCGCUAACGUAGGUGUCGGAUUCGCCGGGUUUGGCCUGUGCUACCUCUGGUGUUUGUGGCGUUUACUCAAAGAUAGCGACCUGCUGCCAAGCUACGCAACAAAGACAAAGACUCAGUAA